GGCUCCGCCCACACUCUGGCCCCGCCUCCCCCUUGUCCCGCGCUCUCGCGACUGACCUGUGACCUCGGAGUUUGGUGAGAUGGCGGUGCAGCCCAGGGACCGCUUGUCCGGAGCAGACAGUGGACAGGAUGGCGGCGCUUUCGUGGCCUUCUACAGGUCUAUGCCUGAGAAGCCUGACACCACCUUCCGCGUCUUUGACCGCAACGACUACUACACUGUGCACGGGAAGGACGCACUGUUCGCCGCCAGGGAGGUCUUUAAAACCAACGGAGUGAUCAAGACUCUGGGAUCAGGAAACAAUAAGAUUGAAAGUGUUGUGCUGAGUAAAAUGAACUUUGAAUCUGUGGUCAGGGAUCUUCUAUUGGUCCGACAGUAUCGUGUGGAGGUUUAUCGGAACAAAGCCGCGAGUAAGUCCUCAAAGGAGAAUGAUUGGUACUUGGCCUGCAAGGCGUCUCCUGGUAACCUUACUCAGUUCGAAGAGAUUCUCUUUGGCAGCAGUGAUAUGUCUACUGCAGCUGGCGUAGUGGGUGUUAAACUAGGAACAGCAGAUGGGCAGAGGUUAGUUGGUGUUGGCUACGUCGAUUCCACACUUCGGAAGCUGGGAGUGUGCGAGUUCCCGGACAAUGAUCAGUUUUCCAAUCUAGAGGCUCUGCUGGUGCAGAUCGGGCCCAAGGAAUGUGUGUUAUCAGGUGGCGAAGCUGCAGGAGAUAUCACUAAACUUCGACAGGUCGUACAACGAGGAGGCAUAUUGAUUACGGAUAGAAAGAAAAGUGAGUUUACAAAUAAAGACAUUGUACAGGAUCUGAACCGACUUCUGAAAGCUAAAAAAGGGGAGCAAGUGUCAAGUGCUGCUUUACCAGAGAUGGAAAAACAGGUCGCCAUGUCUUCUGUUUCUGCUGUGAUCAAAUAUUUGGAGCUCCUGUCUGACAAAACUAACUUCGGCCAAUAUGAGUUGAUGACCUUUGACCUGAGCCAGUAUAUGAGACUGGACAAUGCAGCUGUCAGUGCACUCAAUCUUUUUCAGGGAUCAUCAGAAGAUUCCAGCAAUACACAGUCUUUGGCUGGUUUGCUGAACAAGUGUAAAACUCCUCAGGGACAGCGUCUCGUCAACCAGUGGAUCAAACAACCGCUGAUGGAUAAAAAUAGGAUUGAGGAGAGGCUUAACCUGGUGGAGGCUUUUGUGGACGACACUGAGCUAAGGCAGAAUUUACAGGAGGAUCUGCUUCGGCGAUUUCCUGACCUCAACCGCCUGGCAAAGAAGUUCCAGCGUCAGGUGGCAACCCUACAGGAUUGUUAUCGGAUUUACCAGGCUGUCAAUCAUCUCCCAAAUGUGGUGCAGGUGUUGGAUAGAUAUGAAGGACUACACCAGAUAUUAUUGAAAGCUGUGUUUAUCUCCCCACUGACGGACCUUAUCUCUGAUUUCGCCAAGUUUCAGGAAUUGAUUGAGACCACAUUAGACCUGAAUCAGGUGGAAAACCAUGAGUUCCUGGUGAAGCCAUCCUUUGACCCAAAUCUAACUGAACUGAGGGAGAAGAUGGAUGGCCUGGAGAAAAGUAUGCAGUCAACACUCAACCAAGCUGCCAGGGAGCUAGGUCUUGAAGCUGGCAAGACUGUGAAGCUAGAGUCAAAUGCUCAAUUGGGUUAUUAUUUCCGUGUCACCUGCAAGGAGGAGAAGGCCCUUCGUAACAAUAAGAAAUUUAACACCAUAGAUAUCCAGAAGAAUGGAGUUCGAUUCACUAACAGUAAGCUGACUUCCUACAAUGAGGACUACAUGAAGAGUAGGGAGGAAUACGAAGAAGCUCAGAAUGCGAUUGUUAAAGAAAUCAUUAAUAUCUCUGCAGGAUACGUGGAACCUCAACAGACUCUAAAUGAUGUGAUUGCUCAACUGGAUGCAGUAGUGAGUUUUGCCCAUGUAGCUAAUGGGGCGCCUGUGCCAUAUGUGCGGCCUAUGAUCCUUGAGAAGGGCAACGGUCGGAUUAUCCUGAAAGCUUCUAGGCAUCCUUGCAUCGAGGUCCAAGAUGACAUGGCCUUCAUACCCAAUGAUGUUACUUUUGAGAGAGAUAAACAAAUGUUCCACAUAAUAACAGGUCCAAACAUGGGUGGUAAAUCAACAUAUAUCCGGCAGACUGGCGUGGUGGUUCUGAUGGCCCAGAUUGGUUGUUUUGUACCCUGUGACUCUGCAGAAAUCAGUAUUGUAGACUGCAUUCUUGCUCGAGUUGGUGCUGGUGACAGUCAGCUCAAAGGUGUUUCAACCUUCAUGGCAGAAAUGUUGGAGACUGCAGCUAUUUUGAGAUCAGCGACAGAACACUCCCUGAUUAUCAUUGAUGAAUUGGGAAGAGGCACCUCUACGUAUGAUGGCUUUGGCCUGGCCUGGGCCAUAUCAGAAUACAUUUCCACCAAGAUUUGCACAUUUUGUAUGUUUGCCACUCAUUUCCAUGAGUUGACUGCCCUGGCUGACCAUGUACCAACAGUCAACAACUUGCAUGUGACUGCAUUAACCACAGAUGAAACACUAACAAUGCUAUACCGUGUAAAGAAAGGUGUUUGUGACCAGAGUUUUGGGAUUCAUGUAGCUGAGCUUGCUCAGUUUCCCAAACAUGUUAUUCAAAGUGCCAAGGACAAAGCCGUGGAGCUUGAGGAGUUCCAGAAUACAGGGAAUUCUGAAAAUUUUGAUGAGGGACCAACAGCUAAGAAAUCUCGCCAAGAAAAGCAGGAUGGUGAAAGGAUCAUUGCAGAAUUUCUGUCAAACAUCAAAGCUUUACCUAUUACUGAUAUGUCUGAGGAGGAAGUAAAGCAGAAGCUGAUGAAGUUGAAGUCUGAAGUGCUAGCACAGAAUAACGGUUUUAUCAAUGAAAUGAUCUCAAGAUCCAGAGUGUUGGCAUAAGCUCAUGGUUUUAAAGUAAAGUUAAUUUCAUUGGAUAUACUGAGGUGUAUAGUUUUAAAUGUGAUGGGGAGGGAGUGGGUGGGGGGAAGAUUUGGGGAGAGCAAAAGUAUCUAUAACUUGGACCCCACCAAAACAGUAUGGCCAGUCAUGGAGAAGAAGGAGAUGAAGGUGUAGUUCCUUCCUUCACAGUCAACACUGUAUAAUAUUGCCUCUCUAACAUGUAAAAUGUCUAGUUCAUAAAUUGUAAUAGAGGGGUUAAUAUUUUGAGAGCAAGAAAAGCAUAGUUUUUGGCAAUGGCAAAGCCAGUCAUUUUUCAAGAGCUCAGCAGCCAUAUAUGUGUUAACAAUUCCCAUGUGGAAUUCAGGUGUAAAAUGGGACACAGUUUGGAGGAGCCCUGUUCUUGCCAAACUCUGCUUUAUGUCAUUUAUGCUGCAUACUGUAGCUGCAAUGUGAAUCCACAUUGCAUUUAAUUUUUGUUAUUAAUUUUCUUCUGAAAGAUGAGAUUUUCAAUAAAAUUAAUAAAAUCUC